AUGGCCGAGCAAAAUGAGGACGUGGCCAUCGAAGGAAUGGAGAUCAAUAUCGAUGUCAACGUUCCGAACAAUUUGAACCCUCCGAAUCCAGCUCCCAACAAUGAGGGUCAAAAUAUACAACAAGCACGGGCACAGGCAAGUAUCAGACCUUUAGAAUUUAUUCAUAAAUUUUUCACUUUCCAGGGUGCCAACGCGAACAAUCAAUUUGGCAACGUCCGCGACCGUUUAUUUCAUGCGAUGGUUAUACGAAUAGCGUUACAAUAUAACGAACACAUGAGUAUAACAGCGCGACGCGUUAUUGAAUUUUCUGUUUUAAAUAUUGUGAGUUCCGCACGUUACAAUUUUUGUCGAGUAUGUGAACAAUCUUUAGGCCCUUUUAUUAUUGACUUCAUUAUUAUUUGUACAUUUAACUUUUGCGCGAUCAACGCCAACUUGUUUAACUGAAGUGCCGGUCGCAGCUUUUAAAGAUGGUUGGUUAAGAAAAAAGGAAGUUGCAGAGUUCAUUUGCAGGUGUUAUUCGGGUCGAAAUUGUUCGUAACUUGAAGCUGUUAAAUUUUCGAGACGAGUUUGUCAAGCAAUACAGUGAGUGAACUUUUUUUCCGAGGCUAAGAAACUUUUUUGAUUCUUUUUUUCAAAGUUUAAAGAAGGUUUCUAUUCAGUAUCGGAGAAAUCGAAACGGUCUUGUUUCUUCUCCCUACGCGACGUGUUUCUGUACGGACCUCGGGUAAUUCCGGCAGAAAUCCGAGCGAGAGGCGCCCACGGCAAAUCUCUGUUCCCCAUUCAUGCCAAACAUCCCAAGGUUGGCGAAAAUUCGACCUUGAUUCUGAAAUUACCAAUAAGCUAUUUGAGAAAUCCUCGCUACCAACUCAGACGGGCGUCUUGAGUUUCUUCCUCCGUUCGCCCUCGUUCCUGUCUCAGACGGACGACGAGGCGGCGGAGGCCGAAGAAGUCGACGUCUCCGUCGCUUCGGAUCCCAUCGAAGUCGAGGCCAACCUUGCGUUCCGCGAACACGUUCAACAGAAGUUUUGUGAGUUACGAGUUCAAACUAAAAAUUUUCACUAGAAAACAAAUUUGAAAAAAAUAUGGCUAUCAAAAGAAAAAGUCGACGAGGAUUCUGUUUCGCUUUUCGUUUUGAUUAUUAAAAAAUUAAUUGAAAGCUAUGAAAAUAAGUUCUUUCGAUUUUAAGUGUUAUGAACAGAUUAGGAAAACAUUUGGAGAGCAAAACUAUUAAAAAAACUUAAUCAAAAACAUAAUAAAAGGAUGAUUUUUCUUGGGAAAAUCUUAUUUUUCAAAAAAAGCUGUACUCCUUUAGAGUUGCUUUGCGGUUAAUGAGACAACAGGAAUUGCCUUGAAGCCCUUCAAAAUAGAUGGAAUGAAUCUUUUUUCGAACAACAUGAUGGGAAACUUUGAUUUCAAGAAAAUGUUUGCUUAUUUCUCCCUUUUUUCAUCUUAAUUUUCGUGGUUUUGAAUUUUUGUUCUAAUCUGCCAAUUAUUGUGCAUUAAUUUCAUCUUUCAGUGGAGACCGAAGACAGUUUCGAAUUUGUCUACCGCGUCGAGUACGCCGUCCUCUACGGAGUCCUGCGACUGCCGCCAAAGUUUCGCGAAGAGCACGGCAUCAAAACGUAUCUUCUACGGGUUUCGUGCAUUUCGCGGAAGUUCUGAAUCGACGCGAACUUCAGAUCGAUGCCAACGACAAAUGCUUCGGAGACGCGUUGACGAGGAGGCUGAUGCGCAGCUUCAUCGGAUACGAAGACGCCAUCGUCAACAGCUUGAGGGCGCUCGCCUUGAAUGCCUCUGUCAAUCGUUCGUUUCAAUUCCAUUUCUGAUUUUCUCAUAUUUUGAGUGACUCUAUUCUCUUAGUUUGGUCGAAUUUUGAAUGUCAAGUUCGAUGACGUCAUUAAAAGUUCCUCUCUGGAGUUCUUGCUGGUUCAUCGCGCCGUUAGGGGCGGAGCUUGAGCGACGGCUUGACAUUCCAAUAUGAACAGACUAUAAUCGAAAGACAUUUAAAAUAUUUUUUCGCGAUCUUUUACACGUUCUAAGCUUCAUCAACUGCACUUUACUGAGAGAAAACUUUAUUCGAUACCUUUGUGAAAAAUUUUGAGAUCAAUCGCAUCUGAAGCUGUGAAGUGUUCCAAAUCUAGGAAUUUCACUCUAGGAUAUAUAUUCAUACCUUUUUACUUAUUAUUAUUCACUUCCAAACUAAUUUUGGAGCUCAUUUCAGAAUUUUUUUUUCGAAAAUCGAAAGAACGUAAUUUUUCUGUAAGGAACUGUUUGAUAUGAUGUUUUCUUUGAAAAACUAUGUGCUUUUCUGAGAACUUGAGAAAGAAUAGAAUGAUCAUAUCAACUAUCGAACUCCACGAUUAGCGAUUGGAAUAUAGUUUGAAUAUUUCUUUUACAUUGGACUGUAGAUAUCAUUUGAACGAAGAUGAAAUUUUCAGCGGGGAGCACGAGUAUGGGCUAUCUACACGACCUGCAAACCCACGAACAUUAUCACUUCGUCUCGAAUAUGAUGGGCAAAGUGAGCUACCUGACGGCGGCUGUUCUCAUGCUCACAUUUGUAAGUUUCCCAAGGAACGAUUUAGAUGUGAUUCAUGAAUAGAAUCAUCUGAAAAUAAACUGAGGAAAUUUCGCUGAUUCGAUCAUUUCGAAGUUUUUUUUUGUUUCAAGGUUUAUUAUGUAAAAUAGGAAGAUACCUCGAUCUUGAACUUAUUCAUCGUAGAAAAUAAGUUUUAAAAUUACGUUCAAUUGAUCAUUUAUAGGACUUUUUUGAAUAUCAUCCGAGUGUUAUUUCUCUUUAGAAUAAACGAAAAUCGGGGAAAUCAAAUGGAGCCCAUUCAAUUUACAAAUUUUUUCGUAGACGUUCGCCAUCUCGAUGUUGCUCCGUUUUUCCCAUCACCAGAUAUUCGUCUUCAUCGUCGACCUCCUUCACAUGUUCGAGCUCCAGGAGCCGCUUUUCUUUCCCGUUGCUCCAAUUUUCACUGUCAUUUUGGCUCUUGUCGGUUCGUCAUUGCUUUUGAUUGGGCUUUUUCCGAAGAAAAUGUUCCGAAAAGGACUUUUAUAAACGCUGUAGGAAUGGAAGCGAUCAUGUCGGAGGUGUUCAACGAUACAACCACCGCCUUUUAUGUGAUUUUGAUCGUUUGGCUGGCGGAUCAGUACGACGCCAUCUGCUGUCACUGUCCCAUCAGCAAGCGAUAUUGGCUCAGGUUCUCUUCUUAUAUCUUUUUUUGAAAGUAGAGAAAAGGUUAUUUUGAACCAUUCAGAACAUCAGAGCAGAAUUCCCAUUUGAAAUAAUUUAAAAGGGAACUGUUUUAAUGCAUCCAAAUACUAUAUGGUAUUGAAAAAAGGGAUUCAUAACAAAAAAGCAGACUGGGAGGCUCUUUUAUUAGAUUGGAUAGAAUGACCAGAUAAAUUUUUUUUUUCUUUGUGAACGUCUUUUUUCAGGUUUUUCUACAUGUACCAGUUCUUUUUCUACGCGUAUCAAUACCGGUUUGGUGGACAAUACGGGGGCCUGGCGCUCAUCACAUCGGCCACCUUUAUUUUGGUAUCUUUUGGGCUUUUUCGUAGAGAAUAUGCGUGAGAGUUGAGUACACGAAACUUUGAACUGAAAGCAAAAAAAUCGCCCAGAAUACUCUGUGAUGCAUCACAUAAUCUCUGAAAUUAUCGAUCUGCAAACAUUUCUAGUUUUUGAGAGAGAGAGGCUAUCUCAAAGUCUUUAAUCUUCAUUAAAACAAGCUAUUUUGAAUGUAGAACAGAAGGCGUAGUGAAGAUACAUUACAUUAUCAAAAAAAAAUAAAAGAAUGGAAGAAAGUCAAUUACGGGAAACAGUCUCAUAGGUAAAACAACAAGUAAUCGACGCGGCGAAAUACAAUACAGUAUGACUUUAGUGCAAUAGGGCAACUCAGACGUAUUUCCAAUCAUUGGGAUAUCGCAGCACCUAUACUUUUUCUUGCAGCAUUCGAUGAUUUACUUCUUCCAUCACUACGAAAUGCCGCUGAUCUUGUAUCAAGACCGUGUGCAGCACGUCCUCUCGGAGAUCCACGCGCCAGCGGUUCGUGAUCUCCUCAAUAUUGUUCUCCUAACCGGGACCAUGGCUUUGGAGAUUUUCAUCAUCUUUUUCCUUCAAUUCUUCGUUUUCUAGUCCUUUUUAGAAUUUACUUCUCUCUACUCCUUUUUUUUUUAUAAAUUUUUGCUUCUUUUUGUGUUGUUUUGCCUGCUUUACUAACUUGGAGACUUGGGAUAUCUGGCUAUUUUCAUGAUUGCCCUUGGAGCGCAAUGACGCAUUUCUUCUGAGCCUUCGGUUUUUUUUUCCUUUGCCUUUACAAGUUUCAUUAAUUUUCGAAUUCAGCUCACACCAAAAAAGAGAAGAAAAUAUUAAUUUUCAAAAAAGGAGCUUUUCUCCGUGAAGCAUAUUUGACAACUAAAUUAGGCCUUUUUAGACUGAAUUGUUUUGUUUCUUUCGAUUGCUCCUGUAAAUUUGUCUCUUUAGAGCCUUUUUCUUCGCAUUUUUAUUCUUUUUUUUCCUUCAAAAAGGGGAGGUUUUUUUUCUCAAAAGGCCUGUGUAAGUUCUGAAAGACUUUCUCAAAAAGAAGUACUUCGCUCAAAAGUAUGGGUUUUGAAUGUUCCUACUGAUUUUUCUUCCCCGAGAAGGAAGUCUUUUAGCUCAACAAAACGACAAGUUUGUUGACGAGUGUCUGUGACACAUGAAUGUAUUAGAUGUAUUACAAAUUAGGUGUCGGACGCAUUUGCAAUAGGAUAUAUAUUCAGGCCUAGUUUCUGUCGCUUUUUCCUCUUUUUUUGCCUUUUUUGUUCGUUGUCCGUUUCGAUUUUCAUCAUCUUUGAAACGUGUCGCGGCUCUCUUUGUGUGCUCCUUUCGGCUUCGACUAAUGGCUCUCCAAUUUUUUUCACGCCCCACGUGCUCUUCCGGUGUGCACCCACGCCUUCUCACCUUUUUUGACACCUUAGGCCCUUUUGGAAUUGUAAACCAAAAUAGACGAUGGGACGAAAAAUGGAUAUAGCCGCUUUUUUAUUAGAAAACUUUCUUCAUUCUUUUAGGAUUUUUGAUCACCUUUUGAGGGCGAUUUUUUUUCAGAUCUGUUAUGACCUGAAAAACAAUUUCUCACGUUCUCCACGUUAACACGGUCUCCUCAGAACUUUGGCGAGUUUUCCAUAUCCGAGUUUUUUCCUCCAUUUUCAUUUCGAACUCCAUCGAAAUGGAUUAUAAUGACAGAAAAAAGGUAAAAUUCCUCAACUAUGCAUUCAUCAAAAAAUUGAACUAAAAAUCAGAGAAUCUUUUUGAAAAAACAAAUGGCGGUAAUUGAAAACCGCUUCUGUCGUAGCACCUUCGUUUCAGAGUUUUUGGCCACGCCCCUCAAAAUUUUCUCUCUGACUCCAAAUUUCCAUCCAUAACUUGAUUUUUCAUCGUGUACUCUUGUCCAGGAAAAACCUCGGACCUUGUUUCGAAAAUUGAGUUUGCGACACGCUUCGCUUCACAUACACACACGUAUUCGUUCUGCCCACUCGUGUUUCCUCUUUUUUUUUUCCUUUUUUUUGGAUUCAGGUGGUUGGAAAUUUGAGAAAAUGUCGGGAAACGAUACAUCUCUAAGCGUUUCUUGGCUCAAAUUCGUAUAAGUAUCAAUUUUUCCAGAGAGAGGAAGCCUUGCGUAGGUGUAGGAUAACUAAAAAAAAUUGAGAAUCGUGAGGUUGACUUGAGCAAUACUUUCAAAAGAUUUUCUGGUUGUCAUAAGUUAUACAAAAAUUUCAUCUUCUUAUUGGUUUAAAAAAAUUUAUAUUUUAGCCUGGUUUCUAUUAGGGUAUACAAGUCAGUUCCUUUAGAAUAGCCCAAGUUUAUCUUUUUUAGCCAAUUUUUGACUCAAAACUAGCAAAAUUGGCCAGAAAUUGAGGAAAUUAAGGAAGUUUUAUAUACUUCAUUCAUUGAAUAUUUUUGAAUUUCGAAAUGCAACUAUACCCCGACGAGCUUCGUGAAUGAACUAAAGAACCAAUUACGCUUAUUUUUCGCUGGAAGAAAAAAAGAAAGGCAAUUGGCUCGAUUAUAAGGCCUUUUUCUACUUCUUCUCAACCUUCUACGAGCGCUGUUUUCAUUAGUUUUUUCACGGAAGCCGCUUUUUCCUGAGCCUUUUUCCUUUCUUUUUCUCUCACUAGGUCAAAUUUUCUUGCGAAGGAAAUUCGAUUUGGCUUCGUGACAGCGGGAAGCUUUUCGGUGUUGACCGGGCUGAUUUCGGUCAAAAAAACUGGGUUAAAAAUUUGGAAAAAAAUUAUUAACUUUUUUUUCAAAUUGCUACAUGUUUUUCACUAUAUAUCUCAAGUUUCUGUCCUUUUUCGCUUGAGAACUUUAAAAAUAUAUUUCGAGGUCUUGGCAAUUGGAAAAAAAAUGUUAUAUCCUUUUUCAAAUUUCAUGUAUAUGACAAGCAGGUGCAAUAAUUUCUCAUUUUUCUCACAUUGAAAUGUUUUUGGGGGCUUUUUCAACUUUCUGAACGUUUUUCCCUCAUUCCAGAAACGUGAAUUAUUAAAAUCUCGUCCUUCUGGACCAACUUCUAGUCUUAAUCAAUCUAGAUGUUUUCAUGGAGUAAUCACUCGUUUUUUUAAAAUUUUUUAAAAUCAAAACAGCUUCAAACGCUUUUUUUUCUCAAGCUUACUGUCUUUCAUGAAGUAUAAAAACGAUUUGGGUUUGUAAAAUAUUUUUAACUUGUAGAAAAAUACGUUAUACACUUGUCAUACUAUCUAUAAAAGAUAGAACUUUGUUAAUUUCGACGUGAUUCACGUUUUUUUUUUCUUUUUUUCUCCACUACAAUAUCAAGGACUGUCUUUUCCUCAUAUAUCUUGAAUGUUGAUUAAUGAGUACUCGAUAAAUAUAAUUCCAGAAUAUGGGGACCGUCGAGGUGCAGACGGUGACUGUCGCCUUGAGAAGUACGGUAGAUACGGCGGCGCCUGUCGUCGUCGAGAUGCAACGCGAAAACUCUUUGCCUGUUGAUGAGCCGGCUGGGGAUGCCGAAAUCACUGUGAGCCAGUUAUUUAUACAGAUUCCCAGUAACAUUGCUUUCAUUUCGAUCAUAUUAUUUUCAAAAAAGGCAAGUCCUUGCAUGAUCUAAAGCGAGCUUGUGCGUCAGGUUGGGCCGCCUGCGCCGGGUUUUGGGGCUCUUUUUUUUAGUUUUUAGCUUGAAAACUCGCUAAUAAGUCUUCUUAAAGGAUAUAAGAUAUAAAAAAGUAGGACGAAGAGGAGCAUACGAGAAGACGAAGGAAUUUUUUUUUAAUAUUAGAGAGUGAAGCUUUUCGAAAUUUUUUUCUGUAAAAACUGAAAGAUUAGUUUAAUUUAUUUGCAGUCUUUGAAGGUCUCGUGAACUUUUCCUCGAGACUUUUUUCAACCAUAAAAAGUUGCAAAAAUAAAGGUUGAUCUGUGAAUCAUAAUUAUCGAUACCUUUUCAGGUACAUCCACUGAGUCCAUCGAGUGUCUUCGAUGCCCGUGGGCCGGCGUCACCUCCUACUCCGCCUCCGCUUUUAGGUAUUUUCUUUUUUAGAAUAUCUACUAAGCUAUGUUUUUGCAGAAGACGUCGUGGCGGAGCCGGAAGAUCCGGUGGAAAGAGCGGUGAACGAACUUGUCACCCAGGCCUUCCAGGAGCUUCUCCAUCCCGAAUCUUGA